CUUGACUUCCACCGCGCUGCAGUCGUAGAAGCGCAGGGUCUGAGACUUGUGGAAACUCCGGUUCAUGGUUCCGGCCCCGAUCGGUCCGGUCCUCGCCCUCGCUCCUCGCUCCGGGGGCUGCGGAAGAAGCAGCGCCGCCGCCGCCGCCGCGGCCCCCGGCUCGCCAUGCUCCUGGCCUCGGCCGUGGUGGUCUGGGAAUGGCUGAACGAGCACGGCCGCUGGCGACCCUACAGCCCGGCCGUGAGCCACCACAUCGAGGCGGUGGUCCGCGCCGGGCCCCGCGCGGGGGGCAGCGUGGUGCUGGGCCAGGUGGACAGCCGUCUGGCGCCCUACAUCAUCGACCUGCAGUCCAUGAACCAGUUCCGCCAGGACACGGGGACGCUCCGCCCCGUGCGCCGCAGCUACUACGACCCGGCCUCGGCUCCCGGGAAGGGCGUGGUGUGGGAGUGGGAGAACGACAACGGCGCCUGGACGCCCUACGACAUGGAAGUGGGCAUCACCAUCCAGCACGCCUAUGAGAAGCAGCACCCCUGGAUCGACCUGACGUCGGUGGGCUUCAGCUACGUCAUCGACUUCAGCACCAUGGGGCAGAUCAACCGGCAGACCCAGCGCCAACGCCGCGUCCGCCGGCGCCUGGACCUCGUCUACCCCAUGGUCACCGGCACCCUGCCCAAGGCCCAGUCCUGGCCCGCCAGCCCGGGCUCGGCCGCCUCGGCCCCCGCGCCGCCCUGCUCCUGCCCACAGUGCGUCCUGGUGAUGAGCGUGAAGGCGGCGGUGGGCUUCAGCUACGUCAUCGACUUCAGCACCAUGGGGCAGAUCAACCGGCAGACCCAGCGCCAACGCCGCAGGGUGGCCCUGGCCACCUUAAGUCGGAGCAACCUGCAGCGACUGGCCAUCGCCCAGUCCCGGGUGCUGAUCGCCUCCGGGGUCCCCACCGUGCCGGUGAAGAACCUCAACGGGUCCAGUCCCGUCAACCCAGCCUUGGCGGGGAUCACUGGGAUCCUCAUGAGCGCGGCAGGGCUGCCCGUGUGUCUCACCAGGCCCCCGAAGCUGGUCCUGCACCCACCCCCAGUCAGCAAGAGCGAAAUAAAAUCCAUUCCAGGGGUCUCCAACACAAGCCGCAAGACCACCAAGAAACAAGCCAAGAAAGGUAAAACCCCAGAGGAAGUGCUGAAGAAGUAUCUGCUGAAAGUCAGGCAUCCCCCCGACGAGGACUGCACCAUCUGCAUGGAGCGCCUCACCUUCCCAUCGGGCUACAAGGGCCCCCAGCCGACCAUCAGGCCCGACCUGGUGGGGAAGCUGUGCCGCUGCGGCCACGUCUACCACAUCUACUGCCUGGUGGCCAUGUACAACAAUGGCAACAAGGAUGGCAGCUUGCAGUGUCCGACCUGUAAGACCAUUUAUGGGGUGAAGACAGGCACCCAGCCCCCGGGGAAGAUGGAGUACCACCUCAUCCCUCACUCCCUGCCCGGCCACCCCGACUGCAAGACCAUCCGCAUCAUCUACAGCAUCCCUCCUGGCAUUCAGGGCCCAGAACACCCUAAUCCCGGGAAGAGUUUCAGCGCCCGUGGCUUCCCCCGACACUGUUACCUUCCCGACAGUGAGAAAGGGCGAAAAGUUCUGAAGCUGCUGCUUGUGGCCUGGGACCGCCGCCUCAUCUUUGCCAUCGGUACCUCCAGCACCACGGGCGAGUCGGACACCGUCAUCUGGAACGAGGUCCACCACAAGACGGAGUUUGGCUCUAAUCUCACUGGCCACGGCUACCCCGAUGCCAACUACCUGGAUAAUGUGCUGGCUGAGCUGGCUGCCCAGGGCAUCUCUGAGGACAGCACCGUCCAGGAGAAGGACUGAGCCGGAGGGGUGACUGGUGGGAGGGACCGUGGGGACCACAGGAUAGGAAGUGGGCAGAGUCGAGGUGGCAGCGGGCCCAUGCUCCUGACUCCCUCCUCUCCCCUCCUGUCCUGUCUCUGCCCUGCUCCCACCGCAAGGGAGCCAGACUGAAGAAGAUGACGUCACUCAGACUGAGGAAGGUGACAUCACUCAUAAGCCUCAUCCGACACAGAGGGGCGGAAUGAGGGUGCUCCGCAGUCUGCCCCCAUGGAGCUUUCAGUGCUGGGUAGGCAAGAACCCCCAGCCCUCUAAGGAGAGGGCACGGUCAGCACAUUUGGGGUAUGGGCAGUGCUCGGGCACCCCAUCCCUGGCCUUGUGAAGCCUGAGGUUUGCAGCCUCAGCUGCUUCUUGCUGCUUCUACUCUGCUUUGAGAGCAGAGUUCCUGCUAUUCUCUCCUCUGCUGGAGGUGAGGAGCUCUCACUGUGCAAGGUUGGGGGGCAAAGGGGUGAACCGCUCAACUGCUGUGACAUCACAUAUUGAUGUCGGGGAUACAGCAAGGAAGCACUUCUUGCCCGGAGGGCCGGCAAAGCUGGGGUCCCUGGGGGCAGAUCCAGCUCUCGAAAUAGCCCUUGGCCUCUGCCCCACCCCUCACCCCUGACCUGGCCAAAGAGGCGUCUGGUUCUCCUGUGCGGGUGGGUGGGCUCUGGGGUGCCUCUUGGGGCGGCCUCCCUCAGGCCCCACUCCUCUGAUCAGACCAGAGCCUGCAUCCCACUUAGCAUCUGAACUGUCCUCAGGGAGAGGAGCCCUUAGCCUCCCCAAUGCACCCCAGACCAGCUCAAAGAUUCCACGAGUCUCAUCAGUCACUGUGAGUGGGGCCCUGGGGCUCUGUGCUACCUGUGUCUGUGUGUCUGUGUGUCUGUGUGUCUGUGUGUGUGUGCACGCGCACUCCAUGGGGCCAGGCUGGUGGGGAGACCCAUCAUGUGCCUGCCCCUCUUUUGCAAGAUGACAAACCCCAGUGUUGAUGGGGUCCGCGAGACAGGCUGUGACCUUCGGCUUCCUUACCCUUGGCCAGUUCAUCCUGUGGUAAACUGGACCCUGAUGGAGAUGGAACUGUGCCUGGGGAGAUGUGUAAGCUGAAGGCUGACUGGCCCCUGUUACAGCUUCCAGGCUGGAUCUGAGUCAACCCCCGGCCAGCCUGUUUUCUGUGAGGGCUUCAAUCUGUCUCCAUGCAAAUGUGCUAAUCAGAGCCCAGGAUGGUGCUGGGCGCAACCCCUCUGGGUACAUUGACCUCGGGGUCCAGGACCCCUCCAGCUCCCUCCUAACUGGCUGGGGACCACCUUGUCCCACCUGCCCCUGGGUAGUGUUCCAGGACCCAGCCCAUCCCCUCCCAACAUUUUUCUUGCCUUCUUCUCCCCUUAGGCGGUUAAUUGGGGGUCAGGGAGGAGAGAAGGGGGGUCAAGAAGGGGAAGCCCACCUCCCCCUUGGAAAGUGGGUUCUUUGAACUGUGUGUUUGGGGGAAGUUCCCCUGGAUACUAAUUUGAAUUUAUAUACCUCAUGUUUUGGGGGUUUGGCGUAUAUAUAUGCAUAUAUAUAUGUGUAUAUAUAUCAUAAUAUUUGGAAGGUUUUUGAUGUUAGAAAAAUUGAACUAAAGAACCUUCAAAGAUGGUACUUAAGUGAGAAGGACCACACCUUCCUGAGUGCCGGCUCGGGAGCCCGAGGCCGGCAGCCAUUUUGAUGUCCGUGUGCCCGGUGGGUCUCCCGUGGGGAGCGUGGGUGCGCCCUGUGCGUUCUCUCCUCACCUAGUGAGGGCGCUGAGCCUCUCCUCGCUUCCCAAAUGGCUAGAGGUGGCUAACUGGCUCAGCAGAGGGAGCUCUGAUGGGAGGACUUCUCCGGCCAUCUUAAUUCUAGUGUCUCCUAUCAGCAGGCAGCCAUUUUAUCUCACCAGCAGGCCAGGAGCUAGGGCCUGCUUCACUGCGCCCUGGGGAGGACUGCCGCGCCCUGGGGAUGACCACCCCCCCCCCCCGGGAGGACAGCCUUGGACCCAGUGGGAGCUCAUCCCUCCCUGCAGUGUUUGUCAAUGCCCAUGCCCUUUGCCAGGCCACCAGAAUCCCCUGGAGCGUCUCAUUAAGGCCUGGUGUCAAGACCCAGCCUCUGGUCUCCUCACCGCAGGGAGGAGCAAAUGGAUUGAGACUGGGGAAAGAUGCGCUGCAGUUGGCAGUAGGGACAGGCAGAGGAUGAGCCUUGACAACUGGCAGUGGGCAACGGGCACAGGCUGGUUUUCCUGCAUCAGGCAGGACAAGGGUGGGGAGAGGGACAGGAGAGGACUGGACAACAUACGGGCAGGCAGUGGGCUGGGCUCCACCACCCGGGCGCCAUCUUGGUGUCCUCAAGCCUCUCCCACAAGAUGUCAGUUGUGUCUGUGUCCACCCCCCCCUUCCUCUUUGAGGAUGCUCGGUACGGUGAGCCUCGUCCUUGGGCUGCUCUUGUUAGGGGGUGUUCUGUGCAGAAGGGAUCCUCAAUUUCCUAACACUGUGCCAGGUGCGCUUGGGGGAAGGGAGGGUUCCUUUGUCCCUUGUCUAGUGCAACCUGGAAAGGUGCAGUCUCGGUUGGCGAGACCCCCGCCCGCAGGAGCCUCAGCCACGUCUGUCCACCAGAAGCCCGGCUGUGUCCCUGGCCCGGGCCUCUCCCUCACUGUCUUGGCACCAGCAGCCUCCUCUCUCCCUGAGUCUCCAGGGAUGACAGAUGGGAUUGGAGACAAACCCUGUCAGAUGCUCAUCCUUUAAAAGGUUAAUUGUGUGUUUGUGGUUGUGUGUGCCUUCGUGUCUCCAUUCCCCCACCCCACCCCAAUUUUGUAAAACUUGGACUUCUCUGUGGUUUUAUAGUCAAAAGUGCGCGUCCUGGUCAGCAUUGUUCUGCGCGUGAGGGGCGGGGAGGCUCACGCAGCGCAAGAAGGACCAUGUCCCCUUUCCUGUCCGCCGGCGCUGGAGAGGGGAUGGGCAGUGUUGUGGGAGGCAGGGGUGAGGUGCUGAGGAAACCCUCUCUGUAACCGCGGAGCCCAGGAACCCGGAGCCGCUCUGAGAGGAUAUCGCCACCUGGUGCCCAGGAGGUGUGCGUGCAGAACAAUAAAUGGCAAAUGAACACCCACACCCUGCGGAUGGCCUGUUUUUGUAGAG